AUGUCUUACCUUGCGCAGCCCAUUGUCGGUGCGACUGGGGAAGUCGGGCUAGAGCUUCCCCACCGCCCUCCGCGCACCUACAACCCCUCCGUCUCCGUCGAGCCGCGCGGUCCCUCGGGACCAGCCUCAGAUUGUUUCCCCUCUCCCCGCGACCGCGCGUCUCCCGCAGACGUUGUUCCGCCGCUGCCUGGUCAGCUCCACCGCCACGAGUCCGCGCCGUCCGCGCUUUCCGCCUCCACCUGGUCCGCUCCGCGCGGAUUCCUUCGCCGCGACGCCGCGGACUUGCGCUGGCAGCAACCCCGCUGGUGGAACGCGCUGACUGCGCUGACCGCGCGAAUCCGCUUAUCCGCUUUCGCGCGGGAUUUUGCGGAAGGGGAAGCGGAGGAAUCUGAGCAGGAGUUGGGUGCGGUGAAGAUGGGUGAACCGUGGGAUUGGCGGAAGGAAUUCGAGGAGGAGGAGUUAGCUUCGCAGCAAGCCGCGGGGGGGUCAGCGCUCAUGGGGCUCGGGUUAGGCGCAAUCGGCGGAACCGGCGGAAUCGGCGGAAGCGGCGGAACUAUCGGUCCCCCGGGGCGGAGAAAGUCGUCGUGGCGGGACUUGGCGGAGGCUCUGGCGGAAGCCUCGCGGAAGGUGCAGGAGGAGGUGCGGGAGUUCCGCAGCAGGGGGGGCGCGGCGGGGGAUUUCUUCCGCGUGGGCAGCUGGCUCGCGCUCGCGGGGGCGGGCGGCGGAGAGACGGACGAAUGGGUGAAGCGCGUGGGAUGCCAGGUGUGCAGUGCGGUGAUGGGGAGUGGGAUGGACACGGGUGAAGGAGGGAUGGGGAUAAGGCUGGCGGCAGUGGUGGCGCUGCUGAAAGCGGCUAUGGAGCUCAUCACUCGCACCGUCGCCACUGCACCCCCUGCUACAGCCGCUACAGCUGAUACAGAAACCGGUAGAGCCGAGGACGAGGAGGAGGAGUGGGGGGCGGAGGAGGGGGAGGGGGGGCGGGAGAUGGGGAGAGUGAGGAAAAGAGCGGGGGAGGGGGAAGGACAGGGCAGGGCGGAGGGCGGGGUGACAGAGGGGCAGAGCAGGGCGGGCGGCAGUGGGGGCGGCAGAGGGGCCGAUGUGGGCGGCAGAGAGGCCGAUGCGGGCGGCAGUGACGCGUCCACGUGGGUGCUAUUCAGCCUGGCGCGUCUAUGCGAGCCUCUAGAGAGCUUCACGCGCUAUGAGUUGGCGCAGCAGAGGGAGCUGCAGGGCAGGGAGCAGCAGGGUGGGGGGGAGGCGGAUGGGGGGGGCAUGGACGGGUGGUUCUGGGGGAGGGCGUAUCCAGGGGCGUUUGAGGCUCUGCUGACGAUGCUGACCGUGCUGCACCGAUACGCCAUCACUGCUGCUAUCCAGGACGUGCAGCUAUCUGCCAAGGCCUCUGGGCUGGACGACGGGCUCCUCCACCCUCCUCAUGCCGCUCUCUCACCCACCGCCACGACAGCAUCGCUGGCGCCACGUGGCACAUCGUCGUCUGCCCACGUGGCAGGUGCCGCCCGGCUGGCGGACAGUGACAUGGCGCUGUUCCUGCUGCUGUUCCAGAUCGUCGGCGCUGUGCGCUUCUUUGCCCCGCCCGAGGCUGUUGGCUGCGCUGCGUUCUCGGUUCUGCUGGAGGAUCAGCUGCGCCAUCUCUUCGACCAUCUCCUGAGGGCAGCGGACAUCGACGACGUGUAUCGCCAUGCCGUGAGAGCAGGGCUGCGCGCCGAGUUCCUCUCGCACUUCGGGCAGCGUGCGGGCGGGCACCUGAACUUUCGUGUGCUGCCCGGCGAGCGCCGCUUCUGGGUGCAGCUGGUGGAGCGGCAGCUGCGGGCAGCGCUGGUCCGGGAGAAAAUUUUCGAGGACUGGGCGGAGGGGGAGGGGGAGUGGGGGGGAGUGGGGGAGGGGGGAGGGGAGAGCCUGAAAGCUGAGCUGGCGGUUUUUGGGUUCUUUGUGGCGCUUGGGCGGGCGACACGACUGUUCCUCCAAUCGGAGGGCGCCAGCGAGGCGGAUGAGGGGCUGGCGACACUGCUGACGUGGGUGAUGGGCCAUUUCGAGGGCGCAAUCAUCUUCACCUUCCCCCAGCUGGACAACAUAUCCAAGUACCAGGGCCUUGUGGAGGUCCUAAGAGAAGAGCUCGCCUGGCUGCCGCUCCUUCCCCCUCUUUCCUCCAAACGCCACCCUGACGUUGACCCCUCCUCCCUCUCGCCGCGCUCGGCACAGCGGCAGCGGCACCGGCAGCGGAGGAGGCGGCGCAGAGCGGUGCUGGUGGGUAAGGAGGUGUGCGGCAUGUGGGCGAGGGAUUGGGAGCGGCACUCCAGCUGGCUGCUGCAGCAGCCUGAGUCGCGAGCUGCUGCUUUCAUGGCACAGGGUUUGGUUCUUCUGGGGCUGUGCCUGGAGCCAUCAACCAAACACCAUGUGGCCGCAGAGGUGCCAGGCGUGCUAGUCCCCUCUUCUGACUCCGAUUCCUCCAACGAGGCCGAGAGGCGUUUAGAGGGGUCGAGAGCGGUGGAGAUGGGCGAGAUGGAGGAGGUGGAGAGGGAGGCGAGGGAGAGGGAGGAGGCGAGGAGGCGGCUGGAGAAGGAACUGAGGGGGCUGAAGGUCAUGGAGAGGGAACUCAAGGCUCUGAACCAGGAUUUUCUGUCUGUGGACGAGAUAGUGGAACGGCUGAUGAAGGUGGUGGAGGCAGAGACUGCUGGGAAAGCAGGCAAGGGUGCAGAUGACACAUCAGCAGCAAGAGAAGGGGCAGGGGAAAGAGCAGAGGAGGGAGUUAAGGGAGAGAGGACAGGGGCCGAGGGAGAAGGGGCAGCGGGAGGAAGGGGAGAUGGGGAAGAAGAGGCUGGAGCAAAUGCCGCACAGAAACACGUGGCGCAUACGAGUACAGCAGGUUCCAUGGAAGGGAGAGCGGCAGGGGCGGGCGGGGCCAAAGGGAAGGCAGCAGGGGCGGGGACGAGUGAAAGAUUGGCAUUGGUGCGCGUGGAGUGGGAGAGGCUGGUGCGGGUAAGGGAGGAGAUCAGAGCGCUGGAGAGACGGCUGAAGAUGAAAGCAGCUGUGCAGGAGGAGAGGGUGCGGCGACAACAGGAGGAGGUGGGGGAGAAGGUGAGUCGGCAGAGGAGGCAGGCGGCAGCACGUGAGAUGGAGAAGCAGAUGGAGCAGCAGCAGCAGCAGCAGCGCCAUAGCAUGGGUUUCCUGGUCACACUCGGGGACCUCUUCUCCUUCUCUCCCUCCCUCACUCCUUCAAACGCCAAUGCCAACGCCAGCACCGCCACCAGCACCACCACCACCACUGACACCACCGCCACUAUCGCCUCUAUAGUUGGUGCUUACGACUACCCUCCCGCUCCCCACUACUCCUCCCUCCACAAGAGCCAAUCGUCUCAUGACACGUCAGCGCUCGCUGACUCGCCCUUCCCCUCCUACCUCACCUCUGCUUUCCUUUCCACUAGCACUGCUGCUCCCGUCACCACUGAUACUGCCCCUGCCGCCCCUGCCGCCCGCUCUGGCCGCAGUUUUUUCUUCCAGCUGCCCGGGCAGGCUGCCCGGGAAGACUCAUCGCUUCUUUCCAAAACCGAGGGAGAGGAGGCGGAUGGGGAGGAAGAGAGGGAGGACAGUAGCAGAAGCAGGGGAGGGAGCACAGAGGUGCGAGGUGUAGCAGGGAGAAGGGGGAGGUUGGAAGAGAUGGAGAGGGAUAUAAGUGGGUCUGGUGUGCAGGGAACGCGGGUGGAGUAUGAUGACGAUGAUUUCUCUCCCUUCCAAUCGUUCACGCCCACGUCAGCACAAGCAGCGGCUGUUACUGCUAGCGGUGGUGCUGCUGCUGCUAGCAGCAGCGAGCCAGGCAAAAGAGAUGGAACUGCUGGGCCUGGGAGGGCUGCAGCGACCCAGGCGCAGGUGCAGGCGCAGGGGCAGGCGCAGAUGCAAAGAGAGGCACCGGCGCCAGCGCAGUUGCAACGGGGGGGGAUAGGGGAUGGAGGGGAUGGAGAAAAGGGAGGGCAGGGAGGUCGGGGAGAGGAGGAGAGGAGUGAAGCACAGGAUGCCAACAGCUCUUGGGCAUUCAGAGAAGAGUUCUUUGACGAGAGAGCAUGGGCAGGUGCAGCAGAGGCAGAUGUAGCGGCUGGGUAUGGGGAUGGGGAUGGGAGGCAUGCGGCAGCGAGCAUGGGAGGGCUGGGAGCAGAGGCGAGUAGGCUGCAGCAGCUGAAGGUGCAGUUAAGGGAGCUCGAGGCGAGACUGCUGCAGCGAGGUGCUGACGUUGGUGCUGUUGCUGGUGCUGGUAGGGAGGGAAAGAUGGCUGCUGCUGCUGGUGGUGCUGCUGCUGGUGUUGCUGCUGCUGGUGGUGCUGCUGCUGGUGGUGCUGCUGCUGGUGUUGCUGCUGCUGGUGGUGCUGCUGCUGGUGGUGCUGCUGCUGGUGGUGCUGCUGCUGCUGGUGCUGCUGCUGGCACGUCAGCAGCAGCAUCUACAUCUCUUGAGCGGGAGGCGGCCACCCAAACGUCCCCUCCCAAGGCACCCUCCAUCUUCGACCGACUCUUUGACUCCUCCUCUUGGAACCUCCCCUCCUCUGCCUCCUCCUCCGCUGCUGCUGCUGCUGCUGCUGCUGGGGGUGAAGGCGGAGCGGAUGCAUGGCGAGGGACUCAGCUCCUCAGCACAGACGUGGCAGUCGCAAUGAAGAUGCUGCAGCGGGCAGCACUCGGGCAGCCCCUGACUGACCGGGAAGCGAAAGUUUUGAAGCGCACACUCACAGACAUGGCGUCAGUUAUUCCCAUCGGCAUCCUCAUGCUCAUCCCGAUGACACCUGUGGGGCACGCGGCAGUGCUGGCAGCCAUUCAGAGAUACGCCCCGCACCUUUUCCCCAGCUCAUACAACGAGGAUCGCCUCGAUGCAGCGCGCCGCCUGGAGCAGGUGCGCUCAUUCGCUUCGCUUCGCAACGCCGCAGCAGCCGCUGCCGCCACUGCAACCGCCUCCUCCCACUCCUCAUCCCGUGCCGCAACACCUGGCGGCACUGGAUUGGCCGGGAUGAUCUCCACUGCCGUUGCUGGUGCGGCUAAUGCAGGCAGUGCUGCUGCUGGCAGAUCACCCCAUGCAAUCCCUCAUUUGUCUGCCUCAGCUGCUGCUGCAAUUUUGGCGCGAGAAGCGCAGCCGGAAGCCAUAGUUCGGGUGCCGAAGCAGCCUGAGGUUGAGUCGCCUCCAGGCACACCACCGAACGAGAUGGAGCUGAAUGAAGGGGAGGAGGGGCAGGCUAUGAAGGUAAUCAAGAGGAGUGCUGCAGAUGAGGCAGAGUGUCUAUCACGACAGCUUGAUUAG